GGCUCAUACUUCCUGGCAAACUAGACCUGCGCAGAACCAGCAAAUUCGUGAAUAAACGUCGUGUGUAAAUUUUAUGUUGAUUUCUAGAAAAAGAUCCUGUUACUUGUUUUGCUAAAGUUAGACCAAGUCAGAGUGAAUUAAUUUGUCCCAGGCCCCACCCUUUAUUGCUGCAGCUGUGAUCAAUGGACCAGGAAAUGGCGGACGAGGAGGCAAAGAUGCUUGAAGAAACUACUGAGGGCGAAGAAGCCCCAGCACAAGGAGAGGCUGCUGGAGAUGCCAGUGCUGCCCAGGAAGAAGGGAAAGAUACCAUAAAGAUGGAGGAAGAAGUUAAAACAGAGGAGGAGCUUGAGCAGGAACUCAAGGAGACACAAAUUAGUAUACUGAGGUAUGCUCCUCACAGCAUACCGGACUGGAGCCUAAAUGAGAUGAAAGAACGCUGGAUGUGGAACAUAAGAAUCUUCCCGAUUGAUCAAGAAGACUGCCGGAAUUGCUUGCUUGACAGUGCCACGAAGAUAGCGCAAGAGUCAUGGUAUUAUGUACCAAAAAGAAAAAAUGGGCAAGGCACAGCUGAGCUGUCCAUGGUAUCUGCCAGUGAAGCGAAACAGGUGAUGGGACGUAUAAUGCGCAUGCCUUUCUAUCACCGUUUUGUCACCGUAGAGAUCAACUGUAGACGCAAUCCAAACGCACCAGCAGACAGCUCUGAAUCACCUCAGGGUCCAUUCACAGAAGUGCAGGAGACAGCCACAAUAGUGCUGGAUUCCACAAAAUGUGAAAGAAUUAAGAAUACAGCGAAGUCCAUAGGAAGCUUCAAACGGCGAAAUCUCUGGGUGAGAUAUUUGCCUGAAAACACAAGCCCAGACUUGCUUCGUGUUCUCUUUCCUCUCACGCAAAGUGUACCCCAAGUGCAAACGCAUGACGAUUUGCGAGUUGGGGUCAUAGAAACCAACUCUAAGACUGAUGUCCUGGUCUUCAUGAAGGCUUACCUCACGGUUACCAUCAACGGAGCGCAUGUCCUGGCGCUGCAGAACAAAGAACCUGAGAAAGAAACUGAAACCAAGGAGGAACUAGAGAAGACGGUGACUGGUCUAGAAGAGCUGGAGGUUGCCCCCGUGGAGGCGGCCGAUCGCUCUGACCUGAGGAAGGGAGACAAGGCCCAGACCACCCGCAUCCUCAAGCGCACCCUCCACCUCCAGCAGAAGAGUGCCGACAACCGACGCCGGGACUUUGGUGGCGGCAAGCGAGGACGCGGGGAGCCCCCUGCCAAACGUGGUGGCGGCCACUGGGUGGACCGUCGCUCAGGCAGUGGAGGAGGGCGAUUCGGUGGCGGGUUUGGCGGAGGGUUCGGUAUGGAGCCAGGUUUUGGACACCGCGGUGGUCGAGGAGGUUAUGGGGGCGGGGGUCUCAUGGACACCCAGGGCAUGGCGGCAGAGAUGAUGAUGAUGCAAGCCCAGCUGAACCAGACCAUUCAAAACCAACUGAUGAUGUUGAACCCUCGCGAUGAGCCUAUGGGUUAUGGCGCUGGUGGAGGAGCAGGCUGGAGGGGCGGACGUAGAGGUGGUCGUGGUGGUGGAGGGGGAGGACGCAAGGGUUAUGGUGGCUGGUGAGUGAGCCGGUUGAACUUGACUUCCGAAGAGAUACGGAAGAUGAUGGUUGCUUGAUGAGUGACUGAGAGAUACAGACCUUUCUAGAACUUUUGAUCCAUGGGAUUAAUUUUUAAUAUGCUGUUGGUUUUUUUUCUUUGUUUUUGUUAGCUUGACGUUGUAAUUUGAUUUAUUUUUAAAAACUAUUUUGCCUUUUAUAUAUGAGUAGAGAUUCUCAUACAUUUUCUAACUUAAGGUUCCACGUUGCUGGGGUGGAUUCAUUUACUCAAUGAGAAGGUAGUGGAGCGUCAUUCCUAGUAACUUUGCCAUGCAAUACUUACCACAUAGAGAUGUUUUUCUGUUAUGGGAUUAUUUGUUUGAAGUCAGAUGCUGCAUCCAUUACAUUUUCACUCCUACUAUCAGUUCACCAGACUGCUCAAGUCUCCAUGAAUUUUAUGUAUUGACAUUUUUUUGUGUUAUUUUUGUGUUGCUUUUUUUCGCCCACUCAUUUUUGUUAAAAUCAAUGAAUGGAAUGGUGCACUUGGCUGAAAAUAAAUGACUGCUCACAUUUU